AACAGCUGAUCGAUUGUUUCCCAAAUCCGCCGCAGAAAAAUGGAUGACGUCGAACGAAUUCAGAGCGAGAAUGAUAAUUUGCGCAAGAUUCGCAACCGCCUGAUGCAAUGGGAGUCCAAGACGGACCCGCUGGCGGCGCUGAGUGUCCAGCAGGAGGAGCACCUGGACGUGCUGACCAAUCUGUGGCGCGACAGCGGUCCAUCGGCACCUCCACCGACCACGCCCACUCAGGCAGCUCCCGCCGAGCACCUGACAGCAACUUCUCCGCCCAGCGGCGAUGACGGGGAACUGCCCGUGGAGGGCUUGCAGAGCACCAACGACUUCCUGCUCUGGUUUGCGGACGUCAGCGCCGAGAUCGAGCAACGUGGCGACGCCGACUACCACAAAUACCUGCAGCAGCUGGAGCAGCGCAAGGCGGAAUGCUCCCACAUGCUGGACCAGAUCGCGGGGGCCAUGGAGCGCUUGGGCGCCCUCUGCGACGAGUAUGACUUUGUGUCGCAGAAGACGAGCGCCCUGAACACGGCCAGCGAGCAGUUGAUCGAGGAGCAGGAGAAGCUCCAGGAGCUGAGCCACGAGAUCCAGCGCCGGCUGCACUACUUCAGCCAGGUGGAGCUGCUUAACCAGCGACUCCAGAGUCCCACGCUCUCGGUGGCCAGCGAAGCCUUCAGGGAGUGCCUCAACAAGAUCGACGAGUGUCUCAACUACAUCGAGGAGAAUCCCAAAUUCAAGGACGCGGCCACCUACAAUGUGAAGUACAGGCAGUGCCUGGCCAAAGCCUCGGGUCUGGUGCGCAACUAUGUGACCAGCGUGAUCAACCAGGCCACGGAAGCCACGCUGCAUCCGAAGAAUGCGCCGGAUGCCUCCACUGCCAUCAAGGCGCCCGAUGCCGCCUUUGCUUUGUACUAUGGAAAGUACCAAACGGCCGCCGCGAAGGUGAAGCGCGUGGCUCAGUUGAUUGAAGCCCGUUCGGAGCACAGCCAGGACUACGCCCAGCUGAUGGCGGACCUGCAGCAGCACUACUUGACCCAGCGGGCCAGCGUAAUGUCGCCGGCGGUGAAUCUGUCAAUACAGAACGUUAAGCUGGCCCACAAGGGGGAUCACUGCUCGCUCACCCGCAGUGCCUGCGCCUUCCUGGUGCAUGUGUGCCAGGACGAGCAGCGUCUCUUCUACCAGUUCUUCAGCACGGGGGCUCCUCACUUGACAAUAUACCUCGAGGGCUUGUGCACCAUUCUGUACGACACCAUGCGACCCUUCAUCAUACACAUCAAUCACUUGGAAACGCUGGCGGAGAUCUGCUCAAUUCUGCGCAUUGAAAUGCUGGAAGAGCAUGUCCAGCAGAACCCUGCUGGCCUGGAGGCCUUUGCCACCAUUGCUCAUCAGCUGCUACAGGAUGUGCAGGAGCGUUUGGUAUUUCGAGCGCAUCUAUACCUCCAGUCGGACAUUCUAAACUUUAAUCCCUCAUCGGGGGAUUUGGCCUACCCAGAGAAGUUGGAAAUGAUGGAGAGCAUUGCCCUGUCGCUCCAAGAACCUGCACCCUUGCGACGCUCCGAUUCUCGCGCUUCCAUGAUAUCCAGUGUCUCGAGUGCCGUGGAGACGGAAAGCGUGGACACCGCCUACAGGGUGAAGCAAAUGAAUUCCCCCGCUGAUCUGCAUGGCAUGUGGUAUCCCACAGUGCGUCGCACACUGGUGUGCCUCUCGAGGCUCUACCGCUGCGUGGAUCGACCCAUUUUCCAGGGCCUGUCCCAGGAGGCUCUCAAGCUGUGCAUCCAGAGCGUCUCCCAUGCGGCGGGCAAGAUAUCAGCCAACAAGACGCCCAUUGACGGCGAGCUCUUCGAGAUCAAGCAUCUGCUUAUUCUGCGGGAACAGAUUGCCCCGUUCCGGGUGGACUUCACGGUGAAGGAAACAUCGCUGGACUUUAGCAAGGUGAAAACGGCUGCCUUCGGUCUGCUGCAGAAGCGCAAGCAGCUCUUUUCCAUGGGCAGCAACAAUGCCCUGCUGGAAUUCCUACUGGAGGGCACGCCGCAGAUCAAGGAGCAUUUGCUGGACUCGCGAAAGGAGGUGGACCGUCAGCUGAAGUCGGUGUGUGAGAAGUACAUUAAGGAUGCGGUGCACAUGCUAGUGGGUCCGCUGGUUACAUUCCUGGAAAAGGCGCAGACCCUGUUGGCGCAAGCCACUCCAGCAACGCCCCAAUCGCCAGAGUCCGCGAAAGUCAGCUACGUUUUAAGGCAAAGCCCUUGGGCAAGUCCGCAGCAGAUCAGCAGUAUCAUCCAGGAGACGCAGCGCCUCAUCAAGGCCAAGCUGGCGGUGCUGCAAAGGUCCAUGCAGCUCUACCUGAGCAAUCGUGAUACGGAAUUCAUCAUCUUUCGGCCGAUCCGUAACAACAUUAUUCAAUCCUUUGUGAAGCUGGAACAACUGCUGACCACCAAUGGCUACUCCACAGAUGAUAUGAUCAUCACGAGUUGUCCUUCGGCGGAGCAGGUGUCCAUACUCUUGUCCAGCGCCAGUAUUUUGGCCGCCGAGGGAGUGGCCAGCUUUGCAGCAGCAGCCCGGAAAAUCAGCACCUCGUCCUCGGUGGAGGGUCCAACUGUUGGGCGAAAGCUCAGCACGUUGUCCAAUAGAUCCGAAUUGGUAGAGGAGCCCAAGGCUGAGGAAGCCGCUGCCCAGGUAGAGGUGGUUCCCGCGGAAGGACCAUCACCGGAGAAGAUUGUGGAAGAACCACAGACGCAGGCCAACUCCGAAUAAUUUGCAAUGUAUCUUGUAUAACUACUUAUGUGUAUCUAUUUAUGUAGCUAGCCCUGUAACAUAUUUAUCUGUUUAGCGUUGAGUAAGAUCGGUUUGCAAUAGGGUC